CUACUCACCCACUCAAGCCAUCAACCACUCCAAACCACGACUAUUGCAGGCUGUCUUUGUAUCAAGAUGAAAUUUUCAAUCUCAAUUCUCACCACUGUCCUCAUGGCUUUCACCUGCGCUCACGCAAGGCCCGCAGAUUACAAACAUGGCAACACAAUUUGGGAAAGAAGCGGCACACCAGACCCCGACCGUGGAGGGUCGAAAAAGAUUUGCACGGACCCACUCAAUCGGUCCUGUCAUCCCAGUAAUCCUGGGUCGGAUGACUGAGGAACUGGCCCAAGAAAACCGCAAAAUUGCGUUGCCAUCCUGCCUAACCGACUAUUUCAGGCUUGUCACGUUAGCAUGAACAGGAACAUCUACACUUCUCUAUCGAUAAUAUAAGGCAAAGAAUGCUCUAUCGCUUGUCAAGAACUUGCUCAAAUGCGCCAACCCAAAGUCAACUCCCGACCGCAUCUGAUACAAACUGAAGUUCUUUCUUACAAUCCUUCUUCCCAUGCUAUUGAGCUACACGUACGCCCCUGCGAUUCCAGCAGAGCUCGGCAAACGACAUUAAGUCGGGAAGAAUUGCAACGA